UAGAUCUAGGACCGUUUUAAUUUUUUUUCUGUACCUACCGCCCGCUAUGUUUGCAAGACUAUGUAUGCAAAUACGUUUUCGACCGUGCGGUAUGACACCACACGCUGAUCGCAUAAACGGGAAACGCAUUCGCGAUACGCAUACACAGUUCUUGCGCGCAGGCUUCAAGCAGCUUCCAGAGCUACUGGACACACGGUGCUGUCAAAUCAUCUUCACCGUCCCCGCGUUUGUGGAUCAAACAAAACCACAUAUGACACACGACGAAGCUAAGGCAAUCAAAGAGCUACCACCAGCGCCAACGGGAAAGGACGAAGAACUUUGCAUGCUCAUACAGAAGAGUAUGCGACACAGAGACACCCAUAGACCCACCACACAGUUCACAGGCGACUUAGCUCAGCUGAUGCGGGAAAGUGCAACCGUGGAAGGAAGUAACUGCAUUCACAAGUGUGUGGCACGGGGUAAUUCAGGGGUCUUGGAUUUGCUAUUGUCCUACGCUACAAACCAAAAGACAGCCGUCAACCAAUUAGAUGACAAGGGCUCCAGGCCUCUCCACAUCGCAGCAAUCGCAAACAAUUUGGGCCAAUCUGUUUUAGAUUUGGGCCAAUCUGGCACACUGGUAGACCCAUCGACUAUGGCGAAACUCAUAUUUUAUGGUGCAGAUCAGGAUUUGAAGGAUCUCCGAGGCAACACGGUACUCGACGUACUGUUGGAUAAGUACCGUUCUAUUGGCGACUUUGACCGUGCGCUUGGAUCGCCAGUACUCCCCAAACCAGACAAGGAGCUCAUAGAGAUGUUCUUGACGGAAUGAGUGAAGGAGAUGCGGUGGUGCUGUAUACAGAGACGAUCACUGAGGGGACUUGAUAACAGCAUUCAUCAACCGGUGUGGUCGAACGAGCUAUAGAGCGUGGGAGGGUUAAGUCAACUAUUCUAAUCUUGAAUCGAGGUAUGACUCGUAUCUUAUCAGGUUGUGUGAAUCGAGGUAUAGCUAAUAUCUUAUUUGUGUAGCCCAAGCAGACAUGUGUCGAUUGAAUUGGAAUCGAUCAUUAUAUAGAACAGAGUGCGCAAUCGGAUGAUGGAGGGCCAUGCAACGGACAAACGUAUACAUGAUGCUGUAUGGAUUUGCGAGCAUAUCUAUACUCACACACAAUCAAACUAAUGUUUGAGAUGUUUUAUCGACCUCCUCCGUGGGGAGAUGCUGAGAAGUGCUCGAUUAUCUCUGUGCGGCUAUUGGUUCAUAUUACCAAAGCCUUGAGCAGGCACCCUAAUAUAGAACUUCUUCUAAGCUCUUAUAAUGGACAGUCUAACACACUGUGCGGCUAUUGGUUGUUAUUACCAAAGCCUUGAGCAGGCACCCUAAUAAAGCGCUUCUUCUAAGCUCUUAUAAUGGA